GGGGAGCAGAACGCGGAAGCGGCUUCGCGGGGAGCGGCGGAGCGCGGCGUCCCGCCGGGCCGACCCCACGGCGCGGCCAUGUCGUCCGACUUCGAGAGCUACGAGCAGGACUUCGCCGUGCUGACGGCCGACAUCACGGGCAGGAUCGGCCGGGUGCCCAAGCUGCUCGGAGAUGAGAAGAAGCAGAUGGUUGCAAAUAUUGAGAAGCAGCUUGAAGAAGCAAGGGAACUGCUUGAGCAGAUGGAGCUGGAAGUUCGAGAGAUCCCACCUCAAAGUCGGGGAAUGUACAGCAGUCGGAUGAGAAGCUACAAACAAGAAAUGGGAAAACUUGAAGCUGACUUCAAAAGGUCACGGAUCGCCUACAGUGAUGAGGUGCGGAAUGAGCUCCUAGGGGAUGACGGGAAUUCCUCAGAGAACCAGUUGAUAAAAUUACGUGAAGAGAGGGCACAUCUGCUCGAUAACACAGAGAGGCUGGAAAGGUCAUCUCGGAGACUAGAGGCUGGAUACCAAAUAGCAGUGGAAACCGAGCAGAUUGGACAGGAGAUGCUGGAAAACCUCAGCCAUGACAGAGAGAAGAUCCAGCGUGCUCGGGAAAGGCUUAGAGAAACAGAUGCAAACCUGGGGAAGAGCUCUAGGAUACUGACAGGGAUGUUGCGAAGUUCAAAACUAUGGAGAAGACAGGGAUUGAAAAUAUGGCUUGCAGCAAUGGGCUUUGGACUUCUCUCUUUGUUGUUAAAAAACAAACAGGUUGGCAAUAUUCAUUGAUAUAUAGAAACAGCAAUGCCAUUAUCUGGGGAGUAAUUUAAAGAAAAUUAUAUACAAUAUUCUGUUAGUUAAUGCCAGGAAAUAAAAAGCACACAGCUUUACUUCUGAAAAUGUGCGUUCCGGUUAAUGAAAAACAUUACCCUGCAGCCUCGGUGGGAUUUUUUCCACUUGUAAAAAUUGGUUGUUUUUGUGUUGGUUUUUUUUUUUUUUUUAAAGCAAGAAAGAAACUGAUCCCACACUUUUCUAAAUGGAAUUUUUAGGCAAUGGCAAGGCUAAUCAUCUCUAGGCAAUAAACAAGCACAAAGAUAAAGAUUGAGCGUUUUGCUUUUCAAAUGAUUUUUUUUUUCUUUUUACCUAAAUGGUAGAUUUCAAGUGGGGGUGAUGGUUUGUAUCAAAGAUGUGCUUCCAUACUUAGAACAGUGCAGACGCUUGAUAUUCCCAUUUAGCUAACGCCUGUACAGUACAGUACCAACCCCCUUCUGUCAGUAUGGCUUGAAAAAAAACACUUAUAAAAUACAGUCUAGCUUUGUAAAUAAUAUCACUCCUUACUAACCGGAGGUCUAGGUGGUGCCCAUGAAACUGGUCAGACUGGGGGUGCUGCUCUAUCCUUUUUCCUACAAAAUGGGAGAAGAGGCAGUAGGAGCAGCAACCAAAGAGAGAGAUGAUGUUGCUAUUAAAAUUGAGUUUUAUUAAGUCCCUAGUCAUGGUGGCUGUAUUAAUGGAUGGGUAACCAAGUAGUUUGUAGCUGUAUAUGUCUAUCACCCAGCUUACUAAAUAUUUAUUAGACCAGAAUUUGGUCUGAAUGUUAUUUGUCUUUAAAUACAAGCCAUAUGUUCAAUACUCUCAGAAGCUGAUCCAUAUUUCAUUCAACUGUUUAGUAAACUUUAUGUCUUCUCUCUACGUACUCAGGCUUCCAAGCUAUGGUAACACACACAAAUAGGCGUCUAGAAGAGCAAACACAAUCCAUGUUAUAUAUCCAGCAAUGUUUUGUUCUAUGAAAUAGCUAGGAUAAGGAAUACUAGGCAGCGUGAAAAUACAGAGCAAAAAGUUCCCCUCUCCAGGGAAUUUACAUCCAGAUGGCUCAGAUGUAUAGAGAUACUUUCUCAGGGUAACAAGUUGCCUUGUGUCAGCUGACAGCAAUAUGCAUUUUCAGCAAAUGCAGAGUAAUUCAGGCUAAUUAAGCUCAUUCCCUUGCGGUAGCCUUUGAACCCAAAGACAGGAGACAACAGGUGAAUGGAAGUAGAUUGGGAAGCACAAGGACUGAAUAAGAAGGUUGGCUUUACAGGUGUUGGGCUCAGUAUUACAGCAGUAUAGUCAUUGUCAAGCUUCUUUUUUUUUUUUUUUUUUGGUAUUAGAGUUAAGAGGAGGCUUGAGAGGGGUAUUGAAGGAGGAUAACAAGGCAGCUUUGUGGACAUGAAGAAGGAGAUCUACCCAAGCAUGGGGGCAGCAGGGGAGAAAGCACAAAGAUCCUUGCUUGAAAAGGUAACAAAUGGGUGAUGGAGCCUACUGUCAGGGGCUGGCUGGAGGUGGGAGUUCUCCCCUCUGAAUAAAUGAAUGAGAAUGGGCUGGGAGGGGAUUAGGCUGAGAGUGCUUUGAAAGAAAAAGCAAGUAGAUUAUGUUUAUAUGACAGAAAAGGGGAAACUACAGCAAAGAGGAGUGACAAUGGUCAAAGCGAUGAGCAAAGAAAAAUGAUAGCAUCAAAAAUAUUCUUCAAUCUUUUCCAAAGCUUCUCUUUCAAUAAGCAGAAGGAAGGAGCGCAUUGUAUGGAUGGCUUUGUAUGCAUCCCUAUCAUAACCAGCUCCUCACAGUUGCUUUCUGAAACUCGGGAAUUACUGCUAGAAAUCUUCUAAGCCUGGCAUCUACCUUUGAGGUGAAGAGUUAUAUUGCCUGUGCCAGAAGAAUGUCCUUGUACUUUAUUCUAAGCAAACAGGACUAAUGUAUAUUUUCCUGCUUAGAGGAAAAAAGUCACUGGGAGUUGUUGUUACUCUUACUAGGAUGGACUUGUUGGUUUGUCGAUCCGUCCUAAUCGUUUAAAAUUCAGCUUAAAAAAUUACUCAUUGUGCUUAAAAACACUGUUUUCAUUGUGUGUUCAGAUGUACAGUUUUCAUUAUUUGCUUUUGAAAAAAAAAUACUGGCUCCUUUAAAAGGAUGUUUACUACCAGGCAGCCUUAUAGCAAAGCACACAUCUAUCCUUAGGCAACUAUAUUCCUCUAAAUCUGAAAAAGCAUAACUUUUGGCCACACUGAGGAUAUGCUGUAUUCUUAUAGGAACCGUCUGUUAUUGAUGCAAAGGCAAUAGUAGCGUAAUUCUGUCUUGUGUGAGAGAUCUGGGGCUUAGCUUGACCUCAUCUCUUCCCUCCUCUAUCAGUGGAGGCCAUUGGGAUGCACUGUUUCUUCCAUUCCUCUUGCAGAGAGCACAGCCAGCACUGCUGCUCUUGUGGCCACUGCCAGCUCAUAGCCACAUUGCUAUUUUGAAGGUCAUUCUUGAAGUCUUUUCUUUCUGCCUCCAACACAAAAGACACAUCUGCAGUUUGUUAGGAUGAGAAAUUAGAAAAGGUUGGUGUCAAUGCUAGUGAAUGGAUGAAUUUAACAGUGAAUUGUAAGCAGUGUCUGGAUAUUUGGGUGUCAGAGUGGCCUUAUUACUGUCUAUGCAAACAAAAGAUUUCGUAAUCAAUUGCAAAGCUGUAUGAUGAUUUUGAUGCGACAUAUACACAAGGUUGUGCUAAUCACUGACUGAAUGCAGUGUUUAGCCCUGUUGUGAACACUGUCAUUUCUUUAGUGCACAAAUCAUAUUAAGUCAACCACUGGCUAUAAUUUCUGGAAAUUGGUGGAAUAUUCCUAUAAAGGAGCACAAAGGAUUGUAAAGAUUGAAUGAGUUCAUUGUCUUAGUGACCAGUUGGGGAGGAGGAGGCUGCCGUUCUCUUUAUUAUUUUUUUUUUCUUCCUUUUAAAAAUACUUUAGUACAGCUGCACAGACACUGCAUAUCUUUGUAUCCCCACACAGUCACCAUGUUAAUAGAUGUUUGCUGGUUGUGGUCAGUUAAUUUAAAAAAGCUGGCAUACUACUAUUAUAGGUUGCAAUAGAUUAUUCUUGAAUCAAACUUAGUGUUGUUGCUUCAAACCAAACCUCCCCAGCCAUGACAAAAUUCGUUAUAGCUCUUUAAUCUAUAAUAGUGUUUGAAUGGAUGAACCUGAGAUGAUAUGAAAGGAAACUAAGUUGCUUAGAAUUUUCUCAAGCCAUUCAUCAUCUUUUCCCUACUUUCCACUUGCUACAUUCAUAGACUCAGUGAGGAGGUACUGCUGGCUCAGGAAUGUGGCACUUUAUUUUGUUGCAAAAAUGAAAAUAGAUUAUAGAGUGUUCACUGACAUGAUGAGCAUGAAUGGGGUCCUAAAAUAUAUUUCUCUCCUGAAAUGCAUCUUGUAUCCAUUUCUAUUAUACACAUGAAUUCAAGGGCGUCAACCUCUAUUCGAUAUGUUGCAAUUUCACAAAAAUUCCAGGGCCAUCCUUGACUCAGCCAGUCACUUGUUGCCUAACAGUGUGUUGGAGGCUAUAACUGUGCUCCCACAACUCACUUGCCCUGCAAUAGCUGUUGUAUCCCAGGCAUUGGCUGAUACGCCCAGCAGCAUCACUCUCCAACAAGAGCUUUAGCUCAAUUUUCAGACUGGAAUGGAGAGUCUGGAGAGGUACUGAAAAGCUUGAGAUGAGUCUGCUAGAAUAAGCUGAGCUGAGGCUCAUUAGUUUCUCUUUCUGGCUUUUAUGUCAGUAGAUGCCUGAUUCUUACAACUUAAAAACCAAUUGCAAGAGCAAAGGCUAAUAUUAAAAACAAAGCAAAACCCUUAAUGAUCCUGUGCAGAAAGAAUCCCCUUCUUAAGGCCCAGGAAGCCUCUGCUCCAGGAAACUCUCUGGCCUUCAGUCCAGCAGACUAGGGAGACAGCAUACCCAACCUUCAGCUCUCACUGCUCUGAAUUAGUGAGGCUGGAGAACCCUCUGUGAUCUGCAUUCACAGACCAGCACAGUAGCAUUCCAGCAAAAGUAGGGUGAGAUCUUUAGACCUCCCCAGAAAUCAACUGCACGACACUGCCAUUGUCCUUUUUCCUUCUACUUUUGACAAAAGCAGAGUUUCUGGUCAAAAUGGGAGAGAAAGAGAUGUUUGAGAGCUGCUCUGAAAGUAAUGCCUCCUAUUUUAUUAUAUUGGCCGGUGAUGUCUGAGGUGAAUGUUGGUGGCACGGCACUAGAGGUUGAACCUUCCUGCAAUUAUUCCAUUAUAUUCUGUUACUGUACAACAGAUGGCAGCAGAAGGGCAGUCUGACAGAAUGGAACCUGAUGUGGAAGUAUGUAUGAAGCAAAGGUCAUUGAAUUCCUCCAUGCAGAAGAAAGUUGCACCCUCUGACAUUCAUCAGUGUUUGCUGAACAUUUAUGGAGACCAAACAGUGAAUGUCAGCACAGUGAGGUGGUGGGUGGUGCAUUUCAGUAGUGGUAACAGUGACAUGAAAGGCAACUCACUUUCCAGAUGGCCAUGCACAGCUGUCACACCAGAAUAUGAAGAGCAUCUCAGUCAGUUCAUCCACGUGAACUGGCGCAUUAUAACCGGGAAACUGUGUACAGAGCUGAAUGUCAGCUUCAGUGCUUGGAAGCAAUGGUGGCAAUGUCGGCAUAUUGCAGAGUUUGCUCCAGGUAGGUCCUGGGAAUGCUCCCACAGGAACAGAAAGAACACUGUAGGCAGGUUUGUCAGGACCUAUUGAACCAAUGUGAGACUGAAGGUGAUGCUUUCCUGGAGCGUAUCAUUACCAGUGACAAGAUAUAGUGUCAUCACUACAAGCUUAAACUUUCAGAAGCCAGAGAUGAAGUCAGUUUUUCUCUUGCAACUCAAUAGUGCCACGGCCCAUACCAGUUUGAAGACUGUUUGAAGACGUUGCCAGUCUUGGCUGAAUUGUCCUACCACAUCCACCAGAUAGUCUGGUGCCUUCUGACUUCCAUCUGUUAGGGAUAAAAGUGGGCUGUGUUGGCAUCACUUUCCCAGCAAUGAUUCCAUCACAGCAGCUGCAAAACAGUGUAUCACCUCCACUGGUGUGGAUUUUUACAAGCCUGUCACUCAGUUUCUUCUUCAUCACAGGUGAAAAUGCACAGCUAAUGGUGGUGACAACAUUGAAAAAACAGUAUUUUGUAGCUGAGAAUUUUCUCUAUCAAACAGUGUUAUUGUGCUGGUUGUAUCUGUUGUAGCUUCCAUAGAAAUAAAUAGGAGGCAUUACUUUCAGAGUGACCUACAUAUAUGCACCUAUUGUCCAUUACCUUUUCUCAUCUAUCUGAAUAGUUAUGUGGCCAUGCUUCAGGGAGCUGUGAGGAACAGAUCCAAAUGCCUGCUUCUACGAAUAACCUGAAUUUGGAAUUGAGUAAUUACAACAAAUGACACUGAGAUGCCUUUGCUGGGAGAGUCAAUAGAUAUAAAAUUCAGGUGAUGUGUGAAAUGUGAAUUUUCUGUCUAAAUAGCAAAGAAGCAUGAUUAUUAAAGGGCUUUUGCUUUUUCUGGAGUGGAAUGAGUGUGUGCUAAUUUCUUCUAUGCUUUAUUAUGUAAAAACAAUUGGUUUGCAGGUUCAUUUAUGCUUGGAAAACUUUUGAACUCUUGGAAUCUUGUAGGAUGAGAAGAUGGUUUCCUACCCAUUGUCAUGUCUGAGCUUGAGGAAAGUUCCUACACAGAGUAUUAUUUGUCACGCACUGGAAAGCCAGCACAUUCUUUCCCCAUUCAACGCAUUGAGCUAUAGAGACAUAGCCUUAUCGCAGGUCAUAAGCAUGUGCGAGGGAUGGAGAAGUAAAAUGUAUACCGUUUUUUAUCUCCCCGUGUUUGAAUUCUACACACACAUCACUUCCAAGUAUUAUGAGAACGAAAAAUAUCAGGCCAGUGAGAAAAUUCUCUAAUGGUGAAGAUUUUUAAAAACACACGGAUUGCUUCCAUGAGGAAUUUAGAAUGAAAAAUGUGAUGUUAUAGUCAGUCAUUAACAUUUGUUGAACAUUCUACUUAUUAUUAGUGUUUCGUAUACUUCUGGUUCAAACAUUUCAUGGAAAAAGAGUGGAAUAAAUGGGGUAACACUAACCAGAUGGUCCUGUAUGUGGAAUUUCUAAAGCUUUUUGUGUACUUUAUGUCGAAGAUAACAAAUCACACAGGUCAACAGCUAGUGUCAGCUAGUGAGAAAUGAUUGUACAUUUUAAGGAAGAAAAGCUCUUGAGGUCUUAGUCACAUUGGUGUCAGGGAUUCAAUUUUGCGAUUUUCACGUGGAAAUGAAGAUGCUUCCAAGUGUGGCACAAAGCAGAAGAA